AUGGCCCCCGCAACACCCGUCCAGAUCCCGCUCCUCUACCGCGCCCUUUUCCUGUACAUCGAGCCGCUGGGGGCGCUGCUCGGGGCGCUGCUGCUGCACUGGCGGCCGCAGCCGUUCCUGAACACCAUGGCGCCGGGGCUGGGGCCGGCCGCGGGCCACCAGGUCGUCUACGACAUGCUGUGCGCGACGUACGUGCUGUUCGCCUUUAACGAGGCCGUGCUGCUGCGGCUGCGGCCCGGCGACCUGGCCGUCUGGCGCGCCGUGCUGGCCGGCAUCCUGCUCUGCGACGCCAUCCACCUGUACGGCAGCGCCGGCGCCCUCGGCCCGGCCGUCUUCUGGGACCCGCGCCGCUGGCGCUGGGAGGACGCCGUCAACCUCGGCAGCCUCUGGGGCCAGGGCGCCGUGCGCGUCGCCUUCCUGUGCGGCGUGGGGCUGCCGUCCGUGGUCGGCGGGAAGGGCAAGAGGGUCUGA